AUGAAUCCAUUGAGGGUGGCAUAUAUGCGCCGACAAUAUUUGAAAUACAAAAAUGUUAGCGAUGAGAACGCGUCCCCUAUUGACAAUCACUUUCCAUUCAAAGGCCUACGGAUUUUGGAUAUCGGGUGUGGUGGUGGUGUUCUAACCGAGUCAUUGGUUAGGUUGGGGGCAUCGGUGGUUGGAGCGGACGCCUCCUCGGAAAAUAUUCAAAUUGCCAAAUUGCACGCGCUUAAAGAUCCAAUGUUACACCAGGGACCUGGGAAAAUUGAAUAUCGAUGCAUAACGGCUGAAACAUUACUGGAGCAAGGUGAAAUUUUUGAUAUAGUUUGCGCAAUGGAAAUUAUCGAACACGUGAAAGACCCUUGGGAAUUUCUGAGGGCAUGUACUGGGAUGGUUAAGCCCGGAGGUGGUCACCUAUUCUUGUCCACCAUCUCCCGCACACCGCUUUCUUACAUCCUAACCAUUUUGGUCGCAGAAAAGAUUCUUGGAAUAAUACCAAAUGGAACUCAUGACUUCAGUCAUUACCUCAGACCUGAUGAGAUACAACAGAAUGUUCAAAACAUUAAAGCAAAUAAUAAUGGUGAUGCAUCCAAUGAAGAGGAUGCAUCGGAGAAAUGGGGGAUG